AUCCGGCACCGCGCACGUCGAGCCAGAGCAGAAGUGGGUGAGUCCCGGAUCUGCGCCCUGCACAGGAGCUGUCCUGCUCCAUCCCUGGUGGCCACCGCCAUGGCCUGGCUGGUGCUGCUGGGCACACUGCUGUGCAUGCCGCGCGUCGGAUUAGGCACCCGGGACUACUCUGAGGCCCUUCUGCCCCCUCCGUCCCACAACUGCCCCGACAAAUGCGUCUGCGCUGCCGACCUGCUGAGCUGUGCAGGCCUUGGGCUGCAGGACGUGCCGGCCGCGUUACCCGUCGCAGCUGCGGACGUCGACCUGAGCCACAACGCACUCCAGCGCCUGCACCCCGGCUGGUUGGCGCCCCUCUCCCGGCUGCGCGCGCUGCGCCUAGGCCACAACGAGCUGCGUGCGCUGGGUCGCGGCGUCUUCACCAACGCCAGCGGCCUGCGGCUGCUCGACCUAUCAUCUAAUGCUCUGCGGGCGCUUAGCCGCCACGACCUCGACGGGCUGGGGGCGCUCGAGAUGCUGCUGCUGUUCAAUAACCGCCUGGCCCACUUGGAUGAACAUGCCUUUCAUGGCCUGAACGCGCUUAGCCGGCUCUAUCUGGGCUGCAACGAACUCGUGUCCUUCUCUUUCAACCACCUGCACGGUUUGGGCGCUGCCCACCUGCACACUCUGGACCUCUCUUCCAACCAGCUGGGCCACAUCCCAGUACCCGAGCUGGCCACGCUGCCGGCCUUUCUCAAGAAUGGCCUUUACUUGCACAAUAACCCCUUGCCCUGCGACUGCCGCCUCUACCACCUGCUGCGGCGCUGGCACCAGCGGGGCCUGAGCGCCGUGCGGGACUUCGCGCAGGAGUACGUGUGCCUGGCUUUCAAGGUACGGGCAUCCCGCGUGCGCUUCUUUGAGCACAACCGCAUCUUUGAGAACUGCUCAGCUGCCACUGGUCAGGGCUUAGAGCGGCCGGAAGAACAGCUGCACGUGUGGAUGGGCCAGUCCCUGCGGCUGCACUGCAACGCCAGUGCCCUGGCCAUACGCACUGCCUGGGUCUCCCCGCAGCACGAGCUGCUCCUGGCGCCGGGAUCCCGAGAUGGUAGCAUCAAGCUGCUGGCUGACGGCAGCUUGGCCAUCAGCAACGUGCAGCCGCAGCACCAGGGCAUCUUCGUGUGCCUGGCCACCGGGCCGCGCCUGCACAACCAGACACACGAGUACAAUGUGAGCGUGCACCAUCCUCGCCCUGAGCCCGAGGUCUUUAGCACAAGCUACACCACGCUGCUGGGCUGUGCCGUGGGCCUGGUGCUGGUGCUGCUCUACCUGUUUCUGCCACCUUGCCGUGGCUGCUGCCGCUGCUGUCUCCGAGCCUGCCGCUGCCGCCGCUGGUCACAAGCACCCAGCCCUCUCCAGGAGCUGAGCGCACAGUCCUCAGUGCUCAGCACCACACCACCAGAUGCGCCCAGUCGCAAGGCCAGCACCCACAAGCAUGUGGUCUUUCUGGAGCCAGGCAGGAGAGGCCUCAAUGGCCGUGUGCAGCUGGCCAUAGCUGAGGACUUUGACCUCUGCAACCCUGGGGGCCUGCAGCUCAAGGUCAGCUCAGAAUCUGCUAGCUCUACAGGCUCUGAGGGUCCUGUGAUGACCUAGGCUGCCAAGAGUCCCCUCUACCCAGGCCACCACCCUGCCCGCUGCUUGCCCUGCUCCCUGCUGUACUUCAGGUAACUGCCAGGUGCUGAUGGGAAGCCCUGGCCUGGUCCCACAACCUACUGGGUGGGCCUUGGCCUGAACCACAAGGCCCUGCUCACUGGUGGAGGAGUGGGGUCCCCAGCCUUCUCGUGCUCUGCCUCAGCAAAGGUCUUAAAGGCCUCAGGCCCUAGCCGGGCCUGUUUGUGCCCACUGCCCCAUGAGGAUUGGGGGCAGAGGCUCAUCUAGAAGAAUGUUUGCAUGGGAGCCCCAGUCGCUGUCAAGGGGUGGCACUGAAGAGCUGAGGCAUAACCAACUUCCCCUUCCCAAGGGUCUAGGAGAGAAUGGGCCACAGGGAAGUAGGAGGCGGCUCAUGAAGGAAGACCUCCUGGGAAACAAGACUCCCUGUCCACCAACAUCCAACCUACUUAAAGCUUCACAACGCAACACAGGAUCUGGUGGGCAGGCAUUAGGCAGGCAUGGCUCCUGGCCUGAGUCCCAGAAAGACUGGCCCUGCUCGCUGGCCAGGGGCAUCUAGAGGCCGUUGACGGCAGAUCCCACCCCACGGCUGCAACUCACGAGGCAGCUCUGAAGGGCAUCACGGCCAGUGCUCCCAGCUUUUCAGCAGCAGAAAGCCUGCCGGGUAUGGCCAAGCUGGGAGGGGAGCUCGCUGAGCUGGAAUUUGCUGUCCCUCGAGGGCAGGAGCCUCUUAAGGGCUGGCACUGGUCUCAGCCUGAUGACUGAGGCGGUGCCCUGCCUUCAUGCAUCUCACCACCCCUGCUGCAGGGAGGCAGGGAGGGGGUCUGGGAACCCCUCAUGCGUGGGGGCUGAGCUAGGCCCCUGUGGGUGUCCUGGGCCCAGCUGUCAUGGAGUUUCUUAAUAAAGGCAGGACGUGCCCAUGGCUGGAGCCUUCGCAGAUACCAGUGUGUGUGUGUAUGUGUGUGUGUGUUCGGCUUUCGACUCCCGCAGUGCCCCCAGGCCCUACCCAGCCAUCGCACGGUGACCCUAAGGGAGUCCUGGUUCCCCUGCCUCUGCCUGAGGCAUGGCCACAGCCAGUGACUCAGGCCACAGACCAGGACACCUUGUCCUGCUGGGGUCCCUGAUUCUC